GAGGAAAAACUACGUUUCCCACAAACCCAUCUGCGUUUUGCCAUUGGUGGUGGCACAGGUGACUGCAGACGCUCCGAGUUGUCACAACAUCUCGACGGACAAAACGAAAACAAAUUAGCCUCCGAAGUGCUCGUGGUGGUACACGCUGUAGCAGUCUGUGGAAAUACAGAGAAACUUACACUCUUAAGAGUUAUUUUCCUUUUGAACACGACUUGUUUUUCCUGAAAGUGCUCGGCAGGAUUGGUAUUAUUAGAACGCAUGAGAGAAGUGGGCACGCACUUUUCGUGGACCUGACUUCUUUACUGCGUUCUGUCUGACCUUCAGAGCGGAUUGAAAUCCACCUUCUUCAGCAUCCAGACAUGUAGUCAGCAGCAUAAGCAGAGUGUACUUCCUCCUGUGAACUCUUUUUCCUCUCAAACAGCUUCCUCUACCUUUUCGGGCUGGACUGCGGUGCAUUGACGUCGGCUCGCCCUCCCCUGCCCCCUCGCCCCCCAGCAAUGGCCUCACGCAUUGGCCUGCGGAUGCAGCUGAUGCGAGACCAGCUGCAGCAAGAGGAGCAGCGUGAGAGGCAGCAGAUACAACAGCAGCAGCAGCAGCAGCAACAGAAUGCAGCCCUGCAAUACAUGCAUCAUUGCAUGGCUGGGCCACCUGCACCCACCCCAGCCAUAAGCACCCCGCAGCAUCAACAAAGCAUGCAGGUCCCUGUGGAGGUUCUUAAGGUACAGACCCACCUUGAGAAUCCUACCGACUACCACAUUCGUCAGUCUCGGAGGCAACAGGUGAAAACAUACCUGUCUUCCACCUAUGCUACCAAACAGACAGUUCAUGCAGUAGUAGGGCCGGUGCCGCCCUCUCCUCCCACAAACAUGGGACCUACAGGGGGUUCAGCGUCUGCCCCCCCACCCCUUCACUCCCCCCACUUUCGCACUGAGCAGCUCAUGUCUGGAAACAGCGCCCCAAACAGCCCCAUGGCCAUGCUCAACAUCGGCUCCAGUCACGAGACAGAGAUGGAUGAGGUCAUUGAUGACAUCAUCAGCAUGCAGUCCAACUACGACGAUAUUCAGGCAUACAUUGACCCCAUACAGAUGCCAAACACACUUCCCCUGUCAAGCAGUCACCUGGAUGUGUAUACAGGUCCGGGGAUGAAGGGUCCAGCCAUUGCUAUGACCAGCAACUCCUGUCCUGCCAACCUGACCGUCAAAAGAGAACUGUCAGACGCAGAAGCCCGUGCUCUGGCCAAGGAGAGACAGAAGAAAGACAACCACAAUCUGAUUGAAAGGAGGAGGAGAUUUAACAUCAAUGAUCGUAUUAAAGAGCUGGGCACCAUGAUCCCCAAAACCAAUGACCUUGUGCAUAGUGAUGUGCGCUGGAACAAAGGCACUAUACUGCGGGCGUCUGUGGAGUACAUCAAACGCAUGCAGAAAGAUGCACAUAGGUCAAGAGAGGUGGAGAACAACUUCAAAAGGAUGGAGAUGGCAAACAAACAACUGAUGCUACGCAUCCAGGAGUUGGAGAUGCAGGCUCGUAUACAUGGCCUGCCCAGCAACUCUCCUUCUGCCCUGAACCAGCCUGACCUGAUGGCUUCGUAUAUAAAGCAAGAGACCAGCCCAGAAGAGAACCUCUCUCACUCCCUGGCACACACUCACCACCAGCCCCAGCACUUACCCCAGAACCAGGGUCACCCCCAGGCCAUGCAGCACCACUUCCUCCCGCAAACCCACAUCCACCCCCAAGGCCAGGUUCAGCAACAGCACAGGCAGCUGCCCCAGCUCCCCCAACACCUGCAUCAGCCCCAGCCACCCAUCCAGUACCCAGCUGUAGGCAGCUCCCAGCCCUUUGACUUUACCCAGUCGCUGGACUUGUGUGAUGGGAUACCCGGCUUCUCAGACGGCAUGUCAGGGCUAGGCGACCUGGGUGGACUGGACGUCCAGGGGACGAGAGGCGAGAUGGGCUUCCUGAUGAUGGACGAGCCCUUGUCCCCGAUGGGAGGAGACCCACUGCUCUCUGCGAUGUCGCCUGAAGCCUCAGUCGACUCCAGCCGCAGAUCCAGCUUUAGCAUAGAGGAUGGAGACAUAUUGUAGACAUGUAGGCGCACACACACACAUUCACAUGCACAAAUGCAUGCA